AUGGCUGAGUUCACAGGCCCGUCUCCGAAGACUAUGAUCGAGACCCAUACUCUUGCGAUGGAGGUUAUUGCGCGGCACAAUGACGCCUGCCCCAUAUUCGACGCGUCGGAACUAGCCCUCCUCGCGCGGUUUUGCGCCCAGCCAGAGACCAAAGACUUCAUUCUGCGGGAGAGCGACAUGCUCGACGAGCCCGGCGAUGCACCAGGCACCAGGGCCAGUGCUACGCGGGGCAGUUUGGCGGGGUAUGCGAUUGCAAGGCAUGGUACGGAUAAUCCGGUGCUGGAGGACCGUGAGAUUGAGAUGCUGAGACGCUGGUUUGAGACUGGAGGCGCGAAGACAGGGAAUUCUGGGGAAGUUGGGGAAGUUUAA